ACUAGGGUUUUCAAGCCCAACUUAUUACCCCGCAUUCUCAAGAGUAACGCGUCUGACUAGUUCGUCGGACUGUGUGCUAAAUUUUGGAUUCUUCAUUAAAUAGGAAUAAAAUAUAGGAUACUAUUGCUACCCUUCAGAAGAACCAUAUCAUGUGAUCUUUAAUGCAGCACGGAGGAUGGCUUCCGUCUUCGAUGUUCCACACCAAUAAAGAUGUGAGAUUCAAAAGCUUGUUUGUUUUACCGAUCCUUGAUCGUCCCGGUCUUGAUGUCCGGAAGAUUUUACUGAUAACACAGACCUCUCUACUUCUUCUUCUACACAAGAAUAUAUUAGUUUUAGUUAUCUUUAUGAUACAGUUACAGAUUUUUUGUCUUUACAUCCCGUCGAGUGGUCUUUGUUAUCAUUACUUUAGUUGGUAACUUUCAAUAUUUUAAGUGCUCUGAACAAGGUAUAUACAUACAUCAUUCAUAAUCUUGACUUCCCCAAAACACGAGCACGAUGAUUCGGACCUCCGAUCCUAUCAUACAAGUUACUCCACCCUCACCAACAGAAAUCGACGACGACAAUAAAAAGCAUGGGAAAGACACCAAUUGUACUCAUGAAUCAACAUCUAGUAUGGAUGGUCAUGAGGAAACGAAACGGCAAUUUUCUAUCAUGAUAGAAAAGGGUUUUGCAAAUUUUUGUUGGUUGAUUGCUUAUACCCCAAAGAGAUGUCGAUAUGAUCCAGAAUCUCCACCAAAAUUCAAUAUGGCUUUGAAUUUAUUGUUUGCAUUUGUGAGUUGCAUCUUUCUCAUGGUGUGCGGUUGAGAACUUUUGAAGAGUUCGGGUUUUUUACUCUUUUUUACUUGGAAUUUCAUCAUAGUGGACAUGCAAUAGCAAUAAUUUCCACCUCAAAUAUCCUCUCAGAUCUCACGAGAAACAAAAAUAUAUUCCUCACUCAUCAAAUAACUCUUGCUAAAUAUUUCUCAGGCUUGUACCUUCACAGUAGCAAAUCUCUACUACAGCCAUCCUAUUCUCAAUAUUCUUGCUGAAGAGUUUAAUGUUUCAAAUGAACGUGCAUCGAUCAUUCCAACGGUCAUGCAAGCAGGCUAUGCGGCCGGACUUCUAUUUAUUUGUCCUCUGGGUGAUAUCUACAAAAGACGGAGUUUUGUAUUAAUAUUAAUAUUUUGUACUGCUACAAUGGUAAGUCAUUACAUAUCAACUGGAGGAUUUUUCCCCAGGAAAGAAGCAUGUACUAAUACUUGGAAUACAAUAGUGGUUGGGACUGUGUCUCACCAAUUCCUUUCCGGUUUUUGUGGGGAUAUCUUUUGUUGCUGCUCUUACUACUGUUACUCCACAACUUAUGCUGCCCUUGGUGGGAGAUUUGGCACCGCCGGAUCGUCGAGCUACUUGUCUCGCUAUUGUUUCUUCGGGUUUACUUCUCGGUUUACUUGUUGCUCGGUUGCUAUCUGGUAUUCUAACUCAAUACACCACGUGGCGAACAAUUUACGUAAGAUCUUCCUCUCCUUCCAAAACCUCCACUAAAACUUCCAUAUCUACUUUCACCCUCCUCUACCUCUUCAUGCCCGAUUAUCCCAGCACCAAUCCAGGCACCUUCCAUUAUCUCUCCACCUCCACAGUAUAAUCCACCUCUUCCUCACCCAACCUCCUAAUCCAAGCCUCCCUCAUUGGCUCAGCACCUCCGCCCUCUUCACAACCUACUGACAACCCUAACCUUCCUCCUCUCCAUACUCCCUCCAUCCCAAUUCUCUUCUCCCUCCUCGGCAUCCUAACCCUACUCCUCUCCCCCCUCUAUUCCCGUCUCAUCAUCGACAAGUUCCCUCCCCUCUACAGCUCCAUCCUAGGUCUCCUCUCCUGUCUCCUUGGUAUCAUCAUCGGAACUUUCACCGCAAAUUACACAAUCGCAGGUCCCAUCCUGCAGGCUAUCUUCCUAGAUCUAGGUAUUAAUACCUGUAUGAUUGCGAAUAGAUGCGCCGUUUAUAGU